UAGCAAUGUUAUUGUGAAAUAUCGUUUUCGCAGGUAUAUCUAGUUCAAUUUGAACUUUUCGUCGAAUAUUGUACGACUAUUUGUUUUACAGUUAAUUGCUCACACUAAAGGCCUGAAUGGGCCAUAAUGCAUCCAAGAAGAAGACACCGUUGUCAUCACCAACCAGUCUUUCAUCUGGUAACAAUGACAACGACUCAGACAGUGAUUCGGACUCCAACCAGGAGAAGAUAACUCCAAAAUUGCAAAAGCAACGGAGCAGUAAAAAGAAGAUGCCACUGUUCAGAAGUCAGAGUGAAGCGGCAAAGCGCCGAAUGGAGCAUCUGCUGUACUUGGGUCAGGAGAGUCCAGAUUCGAACUUUGACCUAUCCAGUUGUGAAAUGUCAGAGGUGCCACCCAAUGUAUAUUCUUUAUGCAAAGUGCUGAACAAAGAGGCAUUGCUGUUGAAUGACAAUUGGAUAUCAGGAUUAGAUAGCAGCAAGGUUGGGGAUCUGAAAACACUUCGGGUUUUGGACCUUCAUAAUAAUGAAAUCAAAUUGCUGCCUUUUGAACUGAGUGGUUCAUCAAAACUGCAGGUUUUAAAUCUUGAAAAUAAUAGGUUGGGACGGUUACCUGAAAGCCUCAAUAAACUCCGCCAUCUCCAGACUUUGAACAUAAAAGGCAAUAAAUUCAAGACAUUGCCGAUGAGCAUUUGUGGAUUGAAAAGUUUACGACUGCUGGAUAUAUCAGAUAACCUCAUCACCUCAUUACCAAAGGAAUUAUGUCAAGUUGUAACCUUAGAAACUGUAAUUGUGGAUGCUGGGAAGAUGGUGUAUCCUCCAUCAGAUGUGUGUUGUCAGGGAACUGAAGCCAUAAUGCAGUUCCUGUGUGAUGAGAGUGGAGUGGAGUAUCUGCCACCGUCCAAUUUCCUGUUAGGGGUGCUUGAUUCUCCUGAUGACGCGUCGCCAAACAAACCUAAUGCCUCCCUAUACCAAACUGCUGCUGAGGAAAAAGCUCUUCUUAAAACCUUAGAGGAGCAACGCUUACAAACGGAGAAGAAACGCCUGGAGAAGAUUGAAUUGGAGCGUAAUUUAGCAGAGAACCAGAGAGAACAGGCUUACCUGGCCAGUCUGGCCCAGUCACGGAAGCAGUCUUUUAUUGACACAGUAACUGAGGACCAGAACAAAAUUGAGCGUGAAUUAGAAGAACUAAGUAUGAAGAAGGAUGAAGAGCGGAGCCGACUUCUCACAGACCUGAAAAUGAUUGAGGAAGGAACCAAUGACCUGAUUCAAAAGAUGCUGGAGAUGAAUGAGAAAGCAAGGAAAAAUGAGGAAUUACUGGACCACCUGGAGAAUGAAAGGAUAGAGAGGGAGGAACUGUUUGUUGUGAGAUGGGAGGAGGUGCAGAAUUUGAGGAAGAAGGAAGUUCUUGAUGCAAUGAAACACAUACUAAACGAGACAGAGGGCUUUGAGAAGUUGCGUAAAGAUUACACCAGUAACAAAGAGUUUGCUAUGCAGAAGGCACUAGAAGAUGAGACGAUGCAAGCAAGUGGACAGGUUGAGAGUAUAUUGUACCACAGAGAAGUUGGAAACAUGAUUCUAAUAGACAUCCUUAAGGAACAGGAACAACUACAGCGUGAGGCAUUUGAGGUCCUUCAGCUCCAGAAGGACACUAAACACCAAAGGAUUAGUGGUCAGAUAGCACUUAUACAGGAGGAGCUGAUGAGUCUGACGGCUGUGGAAAUGGAGAAACGCUCUAUGCGAAUGGAGGAAGAAAUUAAUAUAGUGGCGGAGAAGAGGAUUGCCUUGAUAGAAUUAUUGUCACAGCUCAUGCUGGAACAGGAGAAACGACAGGAAGUGCUGAAGAAACGUUUGAAAGAGAUGGAACAGCAGAAGUUGGAUGGACAGACAGACUACUGGUUGGUGCAAUAUCAGAGACUCAUGGAUAAGAAACCUCAGGCACUUAUAGAUCAGGAGCGACAACUAGAAAUCGCUGUAGUGACCAUUCUGGAGGACUCCUCUGCUGGUGACUAUAUCCCUCUGUUUGCUCGCCAUAGAAUUACCAUAGAAACACUCAUGCAACUCUCAGAAGAUGACCUCAAACAGAUGGGAGUGCAUGAAAUGGGGCUGAGGAAGUCAAUCCUACGCAACCUUGAUCACUAUAGAGAGAAAAAGGUCCAACCACGUUCGAAAGAUUCAGAGACUGGGGCAUGGGACUCCUUCUUGGAAUCUAAGAUACAACAAGAUAAUGAUGGUGAAAGUGAUUUACCAGCACCAUCAGCACCGCCAGUGGAACCAUGUACUAGACAGUCCUCAGUCCUCGCCAGGGGAGUUAACUCUGAAUGUGUCGUGUGCAUGGAUCAACCUACUGAUGUGAUAUUCCUGAACUGCGGGCAUGUGUGUACUUGUAAAGAUUGUUCUGUGAAGGUACAGGAUUGUCCUUUGUGUCGAGAGCCAAUCAUCCAGCGAAUCAAACUCAUGAUUUCUUCUUCGUGACAGAAAAUGAAGAUAUCUCGUUAAACAUGGUUAUAUGGGACAUAGAAUGAUCGUUUCAUUAGGCUUAUAGAUACUUCUAUACAACACAACAAAAACAGACCCAACAAAAUGAAACAAAGGAUUAAUAUUCGGGGUAAAUAUAUAUAUUAUAUUUAUGUAAAUUUAUCUGUUAUUAAUGAUGUUUAUGAAUUGGUUAUUUCAUGAUGACACAUUUAAAAGUAGACAAACAAUAUUCGUUUGUCCAACUGCAAGGUUUCAAAAUUCCAUUGUGAUAUUUAAUGUCAUAUAAUUGAUCUGUUGAUGGAAGCUUAAUUUAAAACACAUUAAUAUACAUGAAUAGAAAACCAGAAAUUAAUUCUUAAAAUUAAAUCUAUUUAAUGUCUAUUUAUAUGGUAUAUCUAAUUUUUUUUUUCAUUAGAUGUAUUAUUUAAUUUUUUAGCAUGUUUAUAAAUGUUGGUAUAGAAAAAGUGUGACAACAUAAUCUAUUGAUUCAUUUAGCAAUGAAGGUGUUAUUUGCUGUUACAGAAAUAAACAUCUAUUGUUUUUAUUAUCUGUGUUUUAAAUCUUUUAUGCUCAAUCUGUCUGUUAACAAAAGUGUCCAAAUACUCAAGAUAUUCAUGUAGUACCUGUGGAAAUUUGAUGAAAAUAUAUAGGGUUAUCAAAUCAAAGUUUGUGUCACAUAAAUGUUUUGUAUUAGGUUUUGUGAUAUUCAAUGGGUGGAGCAUGACUUCAAUUCAUUGUAUAUGAAUGAUAACAUUUGAUGGAGUUGAUACUCCCAGCAGAAUUAAACAUCCAACGAAUAGUACUGAAGUGAUUGUUACCUUUGAAGUGCCACCUAAUCUAUACAGGACUUUGGUGGAAGAAGGAGGAAGAAAAGUAGUGUUGUUAAUAAAUUGACUCAUAAAGGCCGGACGGACAUGAUUACAUGAACAAAAAUUCUGAUACAUGUAAUUACCAUUAUGUGAGAGCAGUAUCUUUGGACACAUGUUUAUGUGCAAUAAUAUAAUGAAACCACAACUAAGGAGCCUUUCUAUUGGAUAUUAAUCAAAGGAUGUGAUCGGAACAAUAACUAGGCAUGUUAAUUAUGUACUGGAGUGACAAUGACGUCUGAAGGAGGAUCUAUGUAAUACGAUAAGUAUUAUGUGUGUUGUGUAAUGCAAGCUUAUUCAUAAUGUAGAAGUCAGAGUACCAUUCAGUACCAGUACAGCUAAGAUAAAUAGCAUACACGGUAUUAGAGAGGUUGUGGUAAGAUAUUCUGUCAUUCUGUUAAUUUAUGUUGUAAAUUCAAUUCUCUUCUUGCCCUGUAAAAGUGACAUUUUUUUCAUAUCAACACUGUGUAUCCAGAGAUCCUUACCCUGCAGAUUUUACUGUUGUACAUUGUGUUUAUCAUUCAGACAGGCAUGAGUUUCUCUACACAUUUUUUGUAACUCUUUUAAUCAUCAGAAGGCUUCUUAAGUGCUAGACAUUAUCAAUGUUAAGCUCAAAACCAGUUGUUCAUAUUUAUAUUUUGUCAAUUUUGUAGAGAAGGGAUUUGAUUUGGAAUAGAUGUAACCCCUUUUCUUUUGUACAUAAAGGUCAUCAAAUAUCACGUACAUUGUGUGAUGUAUUCUCUACAGUAUGAUGCUCUUUACCUAGUGCUGACAUUUUCUUUGUUCAUGCUUCAUAAAAUAUCAAAUUCAAGUGUUUGAAUAAAGACAAAAGUGGAUAUAAACCACUGGUUUCUACUGAAUUAAAGAUUCAAACCUAUAUUUAUAUUUUGUAUGAUUUAUUCUACAUACUACACACAUAUAUCAAGUAUGUGAUUAAUGUUUGUAAACUAGUAUAUAUAAUUAUUAGUCCCUUUUCAAUUAAUAUUGCUUGUGGCUGGUUAGUUCUGAUCUGAUAAUCCAUUGCUUAUUAUGACCUCAUCAACUAUUGAUGUUUGUAAUAUGAAUGGACAUAUUUUGUGAUAACAGUAUCCAGUGAUUGACAGAAUUCAUUGUAAAGUGUUUAUUUCUUGUUUUAAUCUGCUGUCAUUGUUACCAUGGCAUCAAAUUAUACAGCACCUUGUACUCCAGGCAAUGUUGUCUUACAUAUAAGGGAAAGUUAUCGAUUCUUUGGAGAACUGGCAUCUAAAUCUCAGUAAGAGCAUUAACAAUUUCAGUUUGUUUUUAUGGGGUUUUUUUUCAAACACAUCUGGGUUUUCCAAAAUUCAGAAGCUUCUGUAUGGUUUAGACUCCUGUCAGUAGACAUUUGAACUAUUGAGUCGUUUGUUUCCCACAAAGAUUGCUGAGUUUAGUGGAAUAAAUCAUUACUGAAUUGUGGUAGAAUAUGUUACCUGUAUAAGAAUAAUACAAAGUUACGUACAAAUACAUUUGGAGUAAGUAGCUUCACCACUAAAGAGUUGAAAGGUGGCCUGUUAAAGAAUUACUGUAAUUAUUGUUAUGUAGGUCCUGCAAUCAAUUCAUUUUUGUGCAUUCAUGUUGAUGGUGAACGUGUUAAGUGAUUUUACUUUAAAAAUUUGAAUGGACUAUUCAACUUAUCUGCUAUGUUCAUCCAUCCUAAAUUUACGUAUUCUGGUUUUUCUGAGAAAGAUCAAGUAGAAACCAAUAAACACAUCUGCAUGAACAACAGCUUUUGUUUGCUAGGUUUAUUGCCCUAUAAACAGCAAAGGUCAAUUUGAAACAGGGUCUGCAUGUACAAGCUGGUGGGUAGCUCACUGGAGGGAGGCCCAUUCCAUGCCGUCCAGAGCAAUUAGGGUAACAUGUCUUCUCCAAGGACUCAACCAUGUCAGUACAGACUGGUCCGUUUCACAGCUUCCAGAGAAACACAAACAGCCAUAGGGAGGAAGUGUCAAACCAUGCACCUUAGAUCUUCAUCCAGGGUUAUGUAGGCCAAUGCCCUGACAGUUGUUGCAACUUUGUACAAGAGCUGCUAUUGUCAACCCUAGCAACAGGCCACAUUUAUUUUCCAUUGGGCUGGCUGUUAUAGAUGCAUAAUAAAAUAUGCAAGUAAGUUUAUGAGAUAUGGAUGUAGCAGCUGGCCCAUUGGAAAUAAAUUAUUAUGGUAACUGGUAUUUAGAUUUAUGGAAAAAUGUGCAAAAAAUAUAUUUUUUAAACGAUCAGACUUAAAAAAUUAGAUUUCAAAUGUUUCAAAUUCAAUCUGAAUGUGUUAAGCUACAUUUGCACCAAAUAAUGUCUUUAAAAUAUCCAGUUUUCAAAACGUGAUCUGUUCAUUAGGUACCUGGUUUUCAGUUACUUGGCGUCCUUCAAGCCUACACAAAUAGAAACCUUGUUAAAGAGAGUGUUUGUUAUUCACCUGUUCAUGUAAUAUUUUUUUUGAAUUUGUGUUUGUUCAAGCUUCUAGCUAUCAAAAGCAUUCUUUUAAUAUGGGUCUCAUUAUUUAGGUAAAAUUCAAAUCAGAUAAACAAUAUAUCUUUUAGUGUCAUUUCGUUUGGUGAUAAUCUGAUAUAAGGUACAAUUCAUAUGAAUGUCGGAUGUGAACAUGUAGUAUUUAUACUUUAGAAUUAAAAUUAGAUUUACCAGCCUAAUACCUCAAAGCCUAGCAUAUCUGUUCAUUGGGUACCCUGCUCCUGACAUUUCUGUAACCAAAAUUGUACAAUUAUUGGUGUUUUAUAUAUACAGGAAGGUUUUUGCAUGUUUAUUGAUUUGUAAUACAAUUAUAGUCUGUUGGUGUGUACAUGUCUGUUUCACUGUUAGAACAAGUAUCUGGUUUUUUUCUGUGAUAACUAGUGGACACUCGAGGCCAAUCAUAUAAUUAGCUGUAAAGGAAGAAUGAUGAUAAUGUCAGUCUAAUCAUACAAGUCCAAACAGCACAGAUCUUAUAUUUGUUGUUCCCCCUGAUCAUUUAUACACUUGAUAACUGAUAAUGUAGUGUCUAAUUAAAUGAAUUUUAUAAUUUUCAUAUGUAGGUGUUGUCAAUUAUAUAACUUUGUUGUCAGUUGUGUCAUUCAGUUAUUAGACCCAGUUUAUUGUAGAGUGUGGAAAGAUAUUUUUAUCUUUUCAAAAACUGUUCAAAAACCAUUCUUUUUCUUAUCAGAGUUAUCUGAAUUGUUUCUAGGUAUUCAAAUUAUUUUCUUUGUUGUUCCUCCAUUACAAAAAAAAAAUCCCUCCUCUCUCCUGCUUUUUUUCCCCCAAAUUGAAAUGAUGAAACAGUUAGUUUAGUGUCUUGUAUCACUUUUAAAACAGAUUUUUCAGUCUGUUCAAUUUCCCCCUCCCUUUUUUCCCUUCCUUGAUUCACAAUGACUCACCUUUACAUAGUAAGAACAAGUUUAGUGAUUCAGUGAUUAUAUGCAUGUUAAUACCAACAUCAGGGUCAUGGCAUUUGAUAAUUCUGCUUACAGUGUUUACAUUGUUGUGAGUGUCACUAAUAUAUUGUAUUACACAAAUAUAUAUGUAAAUCUCUGUCAAAGAUUAAAUCAUAUUAAAUUCUUUUAAGUAAGUGAUUAUUUACUAUGUUGAUGAUGAUGAAAUGUCUUUCUUGUGUCGGUGUACUGUACUUGACUUGAUUAGUGCCCCAUCUUCCAUCAGUUCUACUUUACACAAGCCAAUUAUUGGCAAUGGACAGUUUAUAUAUCCGUUGAUUUUCGCAUUUCUAUUAGAUAUAGAUAGCAUGUAACUUCAUGAAUACCCAUGGUCAUACUAAGAUCAUCACCAGAGAAAGACAAAUGGAUUUAUUUAUCCAAGACUACCAGGAUCUAUUUUUGAUAUCCUGACUCAUAAACCUCCGUAAUAGAGAUGAUGCAAUGACAACUGAUAUAAACAGUCUUCACUAGGGUGUUACUUUGACAGUAUAACAGGAAAAAGAAAAUGUCAUGAAAUUCCUGAAAGAAAUAAAAGAAACCUUCAUAAUUUAUCAAAGAAAUUAGAUGAUAUCACUACUUAUAUCCAUCUUUCAGAUCAUCACAAUAGUGGUUCAUCUGUUAUCUUGAUUGAUACAUCUGUAUUUUAAUGUUUGCUGCCUUUCAUUCUGAACUAUUUAAUCACUCAGGGCGCUAAUUACGUCUAUUAUGGUACAAAGACUUUUGCUAUACUAUACACAACUAUAUAUAUAAUUAUUGUUAACAUAUACGACUUCGUAAUUUCUACCAAAAUUAAAUUUCCUUCAUUGAUCAAAUGUGUAGUCUUUGGUUUCUCUUAAUCUCAAUUUUGAAUGACAAGUUGAAUUACCAUUUAUAAGAUAUGUAUAUAUGACAGAUUUCUUAAUAGCACCAUUUAGAUCAAGAAAUACAUGUCAGUUUAUGUUGAAAUGUCUUUAAAGCCCCCAUUACAGAGGUGACAUGUCAGAAUGAAAGUUGAUCAAGGCCUCUGAAAAUGCGAGAUAUAAACAAAGCUAUGCUCUCAUUCAUUUUCUUAUGAUCUAAGUCUGUUGAGAGGUUAAUCUACUAAGGGGUUCAGGAGAUUUCUAUAACGCCAUUUUAUUUCAGAAGUGGUCAAUAGUAACCUAUGACCUUAAAUUUUGAAUUUGAAUUAAAACUGUCAAGAUA